AUGUGGCAGCUUCCUGCCGGGCCCAUUGCCGCGUUCUUGGAAGACCAGGUGCUGGCAACGUGGCAUAGUGAUGCUGCAGAGGUGUUUGAGGAUUGGGCCGAGCUCCGUUGCUUGAUCAUGCAAUGGGUCGAGACAACCGCUUUUCAUGUUGUGCAAGAUGCUGCUGAGGCCGAGUUUUCCUCCUGCCGGGGGAAUAGACAAGGAUGUAAGUUAUCACCGUCGCUGUGGGUGUGCGUGUCAGUGUACUUGCUGCACCUCAUCGAACAGGAGAUGGGACAGACCUGGUGCAACGAGCAUCUGGUGGGGUUCGCAGAUGAGACUCACUUGAGGUGGGACAUCCUUAAUGCUCCGCAGCUCCACCAGGCUUUGGGCCAAGCGCAUCGAGUACUUCAAAUCCUCGAACAGGCGGGCCUCAAGCUCUCUCCAGAAAAAACAGCGCGUCUUCUACGCCUAGAAGGUGUGCAAGCAGCCAACAUCAAACGAAAAAUCAUUGAGAAGACCAAGGACGGCCGGCGCCUCAAGCUGGGACUCGAUUACGUUUUGCCGCUCAAGCAAGAACAUGUGUACCUUGGAGCUUGCGUUACGUACUGGGACUUUGAGCACAAGAACAUGAAGCAUAGAGUACAUGCAGGCAAGGUCGCUUUUCAGCGUGUUCGUAAGUUUCUCACGGCAGAGAAAGCAGCCACCUUGCAGAAGCGACUUCGGCUGUGGAAGGCUAUUAUCAUCCCAACGGUCAUGUACUCAAUCACUGCUUCCGGUGUUCUCCCUAAGGGCUUCGAGAUGCUGCGUGUCAUGUUGACCAAACAAGCACGAGCGAUAGCACGCAGCCCCAGGUACAGGAUGGGAGGCGAGAGUGGAGAUGAGGCCAUCACCGAAUCAGAUGCGACAAUCUGGCAAAAGGUGGGGAUUGGCAGCGUCUUGAGGCCACAGUCGCUACUACAGCUCCUUGAGGGCGCACAAGGCCAAGCUACACAGCGCAGAAAGAAGACAAACACCUGCGCCUGA